CUUUGUUUUGUGAUUACUUUUUGUGGAUUUAGUAUGUUUGAUGUUAAGCCGUCUUCGAUGUCUGGAGGUGCAACAAAGAAAAUGGAUGCCAUGGAGGUGACUCGUCAGCCCCGCUUAGCCGUUUGGCCUGGAUCGCGAGGCCACCGUCGCGUCUGCCCGGAGGCUGCAUGUUUGCCUGGCGUGGGCCCAAUCCGUUCGCGUGACCGCUUCACAGCGGGAUUCGCGCAUUCGCCGCGUCGCGUAUUCGUGUUGUUAAGUAUAUCGGUUGGGUUGCAGCGGCGUUGGUGGACAUCGCGUCCCGCCGCGUGGCACCGCCGUCCGGGCCGCCUUGGGGCUUCGCCCCCCGCGACACUACGCGCGCGUUGGAGCCCUAGCUCCUGAGAAUAAAAGCGGCGUGAUACAGGAUGUCUUCCUCAAGGCGCAAUGGUUCCGUUUCCCGAGCUGCUGAGGCAGCUUCGAAGAAUCGUUUGCACAUGGAUCGUAAUCCACAACAUACAAGAAUUACAGAUCCAUCAAACCCUGCGGGACGAAGGAAGGAGAUAGACAAUGUGAUGAAGAGAGCAAGACAAGCUUCACCAGGCAGCUGGGACCGGAAACUCCUGGAGGUGGAGGAGAAAGAUCCAAACAGGUGGCGUCACACUGGGUACAAGCAAUUGUAUCUGGAGGAGUCUGGCUCGGUGUCCCCCCGCCGCUCCCGCACCCCGCCCAGACGUUCUCGGUCGCCACUGGUUAGUCGUCGAUCCCGCUCUAUCGGUCGCCGGUCGCGGUCGCCCAUCGGUCGCCGGACGCCGCGCAAGUCCCGCACACCGAGGCGCAGCCCCCGCAGGAGCCCUAGGCGAAGCCCUAUCAGACGCAGCCCCGCUCGAAGCCCGAAGCGUCGAGGCCGGAGCCCCAGUCCCCGGCCGCGACGAACUCGGCCUCCGCCCCCGCCACGGGGAGUGCGCCCGCCCAGUCCACCUGGACCUAGAAAGUCUUCCUCUGGAUCUUCGGCCAGCAGCUGCUCGGACGAGUCUUGUUCAGUCUGCUCGGCUAAGAACAAGAAGGGACCGCCGCCGCCGCCGCCCAAGAAUGCAACUAAACCAUCUGGGCGCAAGUCUCCGUCGCCGGCCAAAGCCAAGCGUCCGCCGCCGCCGCCGGCCGCCAGAGCGGUGCAGCCCACACGGGAGCUGCUCAAAGCGAGGGAGGCCAGCAAACGGACGAGGGAAGAAAAGGUGUUGGAGUGGCAGCGUUCGCAGCUGGCGGUGCGACCGGCCCCGCCCAUCGCGCCUGCCAACAUCAAGCGCGAGGGUGAGCGGCGGCGGCGGCCGUCCCGUGAGCGCGAGCGCGGCGUGUCGCCCGCGGCCAUCGCCGCCGCGCUCAACUCCGACUCCGACAGCGAGUCUGACGCCAGCUCCGAGCCGCAGCCGCAGAGGUUGACGCUGUCGGAGCGUUUCGGCAAGAUGGCGCAGUGGUCGGCGGCGCGGUGCGCUCGGCUGGAGAACAUGCGCAUCACGCGCCGCGACGCCGGCCUGCACGUGCACAUCGAGCGCAGCGACGACGCGCCCGACGCACCGGACUACCCCGCCGUGCUCGCCGAUGGCCUGGACCCGGCGCCCGUGGGCAGCUACCCGGAGGAGCUGCUGGCGGUGGCGCCCGGCGGUCUGCCUUCGUGGGAUGACGUCAGGGUCCGCUACGACUACUACAAGAAGAGGGGCUACUUGCGAGGGCUGACUCUGGGCGACUACGUGAAGUGGGAGGAGUGGUGGUACAAGUACCAGGAGUGGCUGAAGCGCGAGCGGGCGUACGAGCGGUGGGCGGAGGGAGAUGGAAGUGUGCGUCGCGAGCGUCGCCGGCGCGGGGGCCGCCACCGGCGCAGCUGAGGACGCGCCGCCCCCGCCGCCGUCCUCGCCGUGGACCUGGCCGCGGGGGCCGCUCGCCACUAGGCGCGCGACCACCACCUCCCCUCCGCGCUGCACCGCCCCGCUCAGAUGCAACACCGCACAUGUGCAAUAAUAGAAGUUUACGUGUAGUUCUCAGCGCGGUGUCGACGUACCCGCUAGCAGCGGAGACUAAAGACUUCUGUGAAGUGAAAUCAAUGAACAGUUUUGUGAUUAUCAUUGUCGAUACUUAGAGAUUUUAUUUAUAUAUUAAUCGCUUUAUAUACAUUUGUAAAUGUUUAUUUUCUCCUGUUUUAUUGUAAUUUGUAUCAUUACUCAUUUUCAUAAGAUUUUAAUUGGAGAACAUACUUUGACUUAAAAGUUUCAAAUCUUGCACGAUUAAGGCCGCUGCAUUGAUGGUGGGACGCGAUGUCCGGUCAAAUUCUAGGCAGCGGUCUUAUUCAUUAAGGCACUCCCUCACUGGCAGCAUUCGCGUAACGUUAAGGCAGAAUUGGAUUGAGUCAGUAACUGACUGACUGCUGUGCUGACUUGGCCACUGCCAUAGUGUAAAUUGAUUUCAAGUCAGCACAGUCCACUUCCGACAGCCUCUAUGUAAAUCUGCCUUUACACUAUGGCAGUGCCUGGUCAGCACUGACAUGUCAGUGGACUGACAUCAGAUACUAAAACUGUGUUUACAUAACACGCGAAUGCUCCUGGUGUGAGAGCGCCUUUAUAGUUACAUACAUGCAUCCUAUUUAACGUAAUGUUUAGAUAUCCUCGGUCUAGAUGUGACAGCUCGUAUGUGCCAACUGUGUGCAUUAUUAUAGGUCUACCAGAAUCGGAUGGCAAAAAGUGAGAAAAUAAAUUGA